UGUAAAAUCUGCUUUUCUUACCCCCUUCUUUUUUAGCCCGCUGCAGGACGCAAUGCAUUUACGAGUUAAGUAUUAGAUGGAUGAAUAAGUAUAUGAGAGAGACAGAAAGUCAGUGUGAGAGAGAAAGAGAGAGGGACAGAAAAAAGACAUAGGGAGGGGGUUGAGCAAGCAAACGAGAGAGAACAAGAGACAGAAGCAGUGCAGGAGAGGAACAACACAAGCGGAGGAGAGGAGUGGAGAGAGAGAGAGAGAGAGAGAGAGCGAGCGAGCGAGAGAGAGAGAGAGGGAAAGGGAGAAGCGAGGAGGACUAAGCAUUACAAUCACUUCUUCUCUAGCCAGCUUUUGCUAUGCUGAGACAACUGCAGAGGAUCUUUCUUUCUUGCCGGUCUGUUUCUUCUUUUCUUUUUUUUUUUCACUUUCUGUCACCUGCUUUCUGUCACUCAGGACCCAUCAUCCUUUCAAGAUCCUCAUAAUGGGAGGGACAUUAAGGAACUCGCCGUAUAUGGAAUAGAGGCAUCUGCGAUCCCGAGAUCUUCAUUCAAAAGUCUCGUCGACCAUCGCUGAAAUCGAGUAACCACUUAAGCUUCACUUGCAAGGGAGGGGAGCCACUCAGCAUCAAAGCUCUGGAGCAAGAACAAGAGAAAGAGAAAGAGAAAGAGUGAGAGCGGUAAAGCGUGAUUUGCCUAUCUUGCAUUUUCAGAGACCAUCAUCACAAUUUAAUACGAAUUUGAAAUCGCCGUGUGUCAGCCAGAGACACUCGGCUUACCAUAAAAUGGUUUUAUGAAGAGGAACUUGCAGUGAAAAAGGCCCUGAGGAGGGAAUUUGAAUGGACCCCAGGUCUGUUUGAAGGGCCUGUUUUCUUUGUGUUACAGACACAAUGUGAUGUUAAAUGGCAUAAGAUGUAUCCUCGCUAGUCCAGUGGGACUGUCGCAAGGUUUUUUUACCUAAAGAUGAUGAUGAAAUUUGACUGAAACCUCGGAGGAGUUAAAUGGGCAGACAGGCUGGAAUAAAAAAAGCUCUUGCUGAAAAUAAAACCAAACCUACAGCUUGAAUGAUUAGUUUGAAAGGCAGUUUUGUUCCUCUUACUUGAAGAAAGCUUACAGAGAUCACCUCAGGGUCAAACACCAUUUUCUGGACUCUCAAAUAAUCUUUAAAAACUCAGCAAACAGAAAUGGCUGCCGGAGUCGCAACAUGGUUACCCUUUGCCCGGGCAGCAGCGGUUGGCUGGCUUCCUCUGGCCAAAAAGACCAUGCCCAAACCUCCUGUCGAUAAGAAGAGCCGCAGCGAUGAGAUCCUGAUAGUUAACGUGAGUGGGCUUCGAUUCCAAACGUGGAAAAAUACCCUGGACCGGUAUCCUGACACGUUGCUAGGAAGCUCUGAAAAGGAAUUCUUCUACAAUGAAGAUACUCAGGAAUAUUUCUUUGACAGGGACCCGGAGAUGUUUCGUCACAUCCUGAACUUCUAUCGCACAGGAAAGCUGCACUACCCCCGGCAGGAGUGCAUCCAAGCUUUUGAUGAGGAGCUGGCUUUCUACGGCAUUGUUUCGGACAUUAUCGGGGACUGCUGCAUGGAAGAGUACCGUGACCGCAAAAAGGAAAACCAGGAAAGGCUGGCUGAGGACACAGAGGCCGAGAUGACAACGGACCUCCCUUUACCUCCAAACAGCACGUCUCGAGAACGCUUAUGGAGAGCUUUCGAGAAUCCUCACACCAGCACCAUGGCUCUGGUGUUCUACUACGUCACAGGCUUCUUCAUCGCCGUCUCAGUUAUCGCUAACGUAGUGGAGACCGUGCCGUGCCGGGCCCCCAAAGGCAGCUUGAAGGACUUGCCGUGUGGUGAGAAGUACACCAUGGCCUUCUUCUGCAUGGAUACGGCAUGCGUGCUCAUUUUCACAUUCGAGUACCUGAUGAGGUUAUUCGCCGCCCCCAGCCGCUGCAAGUUCAUGCGCUCGGUGAUGAGCGUCAUCGAUGUCGUGGCCAUCAUGCCCUACUACAUUGGCUUGGUCAUGCCCGAGAAUGAGGACGUGAGCGGUGCUUUUGUUACACUACGAGUCUUUCGGGUCUUCCGCAUCUUCAAGUUCUCGCGUCACUCACAGGGGCUUCGUAUCCUCGGCUACACGUUGAAGAGCUGUGCCUCGGAGCUUGGUUUCCUCCUCUUCUCCCUCACUAUGGCCAUCAUUAUAUUUGCCACAGUCAUGUUUUAUGCUGAAAAAGGCACCAAGGAAACCAAUUUUACCAGCAUUCCAGCCUCCUUCUGGUACACCAUUGUAACUAUGACAACGCUAGGAUAUGGAGACAUGGUUCCCAGCACCAUCGCCGGCAAAAUCUUCGGCUCCAUCUGCUCUCUGAGUGGCGUCCUGGUGAUCGCACUUCCUGUUCCUGUCAUAGUGUCUAACUUCAGUCGCAUCUACCACCAAAACCAGAGAGCUGACAAGAUGCGUGCCCAGCAGAAAGUGCGUCUGGCCAGGAUUCGCUUGGCUAAGAAAGGAACCACUAAUGCAUUCCUGCAGUUCAAAGAUGAAGGAGGACUACAGUAUCACGACGGUGACAGCGGCGCCCUCUGUCUGAAGAACAGGUCGUCCUUCGAGCACCAGCACCACCAUCUGUUACACUGCCUGGAGAAGACCACGAACCAUGAGUUUACUGAUGAACUGACCUACAGUGAGAUGUGCAUGACUGAGUCGGUGGGUUUCCGCACCAGCCGGAGCACAUCCAUCUCCAGCCAACAGGGCGUCUCGACUUCUUGUUGUCCUCGCCGGGCCAAGAGGAGAGCCAUCCGCCUGGCCAACUCUACCGUAUCAGUGAGCCGCGGCAGCAUCCAGGAGCUCGAUACACUGCAUGUGCACAAGAGCCCGUCUGGACCUCAGAGUCGCUCAAGCCUUAAUGCCAGGACAGAGGACCUGAAGUUCAACUGUGAGCAGGGAGACUACACAGCAGCCAUCAUUAGCAUCCCUACUCCUCCGGCUAACACGCCUGACGAAAGCCUGCCUCCGUCGCCUGCCAUCCCGGGCAUCCUGCGCAACUCCCGCUGCUCCUACAGUCACGAGACCGUCAAGAUCUCGUCCUUAUAACAAAAUCCACCUCCAAGCACAAAAGCUUUCCUCCAAUGCACAAACAGGGAGGAGGAAAAAGCUUUUCCUGUUGAACUUAACACCAAAAUAUCAUCCCAAAAUACACCUGGCUACAGCUUCAUCCAAAAACUGAGGUUCUUACAGAACAAAUCAGCAACGUGAAGACGUGAACCGACACAGGGUUCAGUACAGCCUCUUUUUCGGAAGACUGUUUGUUGGCUUUUACAGAUCUGCAUUGGUCACUUUUCUUGGCAACAGACAAAGAUGAUGAAAUGUGGAAUAACCUUUUUUUGUGUGUGCAGAAAACAAUACUGGAUGAUUUAACGUGUGCAAUCACAGGGCCAGUAUUCAAAGUAUAAAGACAGAGCUAUACUGCUAUAUAUCUUUAGAGAGAAAGAUAUACAAAUACUGUAUUCUGCAGUAGAUGCUUUCAAAAAAGAAAAGAAAAAAUAGCCUAAAGAUAUUAUGGUUGAUACUCAGCAGGUCAGUAUAGGUAUAUGUAUCAUAAUUUGUAUCAUACUACACACAUGCAUCUUCCAACCAAAAAAAGGUCAUCCGUGCCACCCUAUUUCAACAUGCAUGUUAUUGUGCAGUAGAUUGCAGAGAAUGGAGCAGCUACAAUGCAAUCCCACAUCUAUUUUUCUUUUUUUUUUGGGUUGUUUGUUUGUUUUUUGCAUGAUAAUCCCCCCCCCACCUUUUAUUCAUUUUUGUCCUAUUUUAUUACCUGAUAUUGUUAACAUUUGUAGAAUAUUACAGAUCCAAAUGUGCUCAGUAACUCAAAAAAAAAGCAAAAGAAAAGUGGAAAAAAAAAAAUUCAGGCAUGUUCUUUUAAAAAAAAAAAAAGAAACAAAUCUCGGGGCGUCUAGACGUACAUGGGUGAAAUGCGGGGGAGGGGUGUGAUGAUGAUGAGAGAAAACGAUUUGUGUACCAUAAUCACAAAUAUGCAUGAUAACAUAAUAGGUAUGUAUUUUUAUUUAUUUUUUUCAACUUUUUUUUAUUUUUUCGUUCUUUUUUUUUACAUUCAUUGCUCUUUUGUCGUUGGUGUUUUACUGUAUGUCGUUAAGACCAGAGGUGGACGAAGGGACCGUCAUUGUGACCGUCAAUUCCUUUAAUUGAAUGCAUAAUGUAAUACAUUUAUUGGGUGAAUCGAAAUCCGUCUCAGUCGACCUUCUGAUUAUGUGCAUUAUUAUUAUUAUUAUUAUUAUUAUUAUUAUUAUUAUGAUUUGAUUUUGAGAUACUGUGAGGCGUCAGUGCUGCCAGUCUUUAAUAUGUGCACUUUAAUACAGUAUGUUUUUAUUUUAACUGCAUAUAUUAUACUUUUCUGAUGAGUCACAUGCAGCAAUGAAUCUGGCAAUAAAAGUCAUUAUUUUAUUAGAAAGUGUUUAAUAUUCCAUAAAACUACUUGCACUUGACUGUGAUGAAAUGAUCUCCGCGACUCUGUUUACAGGUAGUGUUCCAGAAUGAUUUUUUUUUUACGUUUGUUUGUCUGUCUGUUUGUUUGUUUGUUUGUUUGUUUGAUUAUAUUUGGAGCCAUAAGAUUUUGAGACAGGGACGGCUGCCUCCAUUUCAGCAUAUACAGACUGUAUAGACAUGAUUGCAGUACGAGGACGACCUGAAGUGUUCGAUCUGAAAAGCACAGAGGUGUACAGUCUAUUCCACUAAU